UAUGAACUACAAUCCCCAGAACUCUUGAAACAGUUUUGCACGUGAAGUAUCGCGUUCAGUCCGUGUACGAGGAAAGGGCGCUCUCGUUUAACUUUACUCUUUGCAGGAUUGUUGUUUUUAUAACUGCUAUGUCUUCUUUACUUUUCCUCAGUAGAACUGGUCUGUCUGCAGGUGGACUUCUCUUACGUAACGGUGGCGGCAGGUAUACUGUUGUGAGUCCAGAGCUUUACUCGCUGUGUCACAAGAGUUCGACCAAGUUUAGCGUACGCUGCUUGACCGGCGCUACAGGCGAGCAUACCAGGGGCAGCUCGUAUGGCAGGCGGGCACUGUUGGCGGCCGGCGCCGCUGUUAUCGCUGGAGUCGUCGCAAGCUUUAGUCACUUUCAGAAGGCUGAAAUGAAAUCGGCAACUCCUCAGUCGAAGGCAAAUGAAAAUGACGUGUUGGAAAAAUGCAGGACUUUUAUGUCACCCCCCGUGACGGACGUAGGAACCUUACAGAAGAAUAAAGAUGACAUAAAAUCGAAAAUGGAGCUGCUGAUAAUGGAGACGCAGGCAGAUGUUUGCAGGGCCCUGGCAGAAGUGGAUGGAAGCUCGUUUAAAGUUGAUCGAUGGCAAAGGAAAGAAGGAGGAGGAGGCAUCAGCUGUGUCUUACAAGAUGGUCGUGUGUUUGAGAAAGCUGGGGUAAACGUAUCAGUGGUGUCUGGCUUCCUUUCUGAAGAAGCUGCCCAGCAGAUGAAAAGCAGAGGCAAACCCCUAAAAGGAAAGGAUGGAAAACUACCUUUUUGUGCCAUGGGAGUGAGCUCUGUUAUCCAUCCUAAAAAUCCACACAUUCCUACAAUACACUUCAAUUACAGAUACUUUGAAAUUGAAGAAGAAGACGGUACAAAACAGUGGUGGUUUGGAGGAGGCACAGACUUGACUCCAACAUACCUUGAUAAUGCAGAUGCUGCACAUUUUCACAAAACCUUGAAAGAUGCCUGUGACCAGCACAACCCUAAGCUAUAUCCUGAUUUCAAAAAAUGGUGUGACAACUACUUCUUUAUCAAACACCGUGGAGAAAGGAGAGGAAUUGGAGGCAUCUUUUUUGACGAUUUGGAGUCGCCUUCUAAAGCAGAGGUGUUUGAGUUUGUGAAGAGUUGUGCCAAAGCGGUUGUGCCUUGUUAUAUUCCUAUUGUGAAAAAGCAUCUCAAUGAUUCUUUUACCUCUGAAGAGAAACAUUGGCAACAGCUUCGACGGGGCAGGUAUGUUGAAUUUAAUCUUAUAUAUGACCGAGGAACAAAAUUUGGUCUCGCUACUUCUGGAUCUAGGAUUGAAAGUAUUUUAAUGUCCCUGCCACUUACUGCCAGAUGGGAAUAUAUGCAUGAACCUCACAAAGGCACAAAGGAAGCUGAAAUCCUGGAUAUCCUACGAAACCCCAAAGAUUGGGUCUAAUCAAGAGGAGAAUGUACACAUCUUUGUCCGAGCCACUACCACUUAUUAUGAAAACUUGCACUGGGUGUCUAUGCAAAUGUUUGGGUUUUUAUUGCUUUACACAAAAUGAAUUAUUACAACUUUUUUGGAAACAAUGUUGUACUGUACUUUUUGCUAAAAUGUAUUCAGGUUUAUCUAAGGACAUCACAUUCUGUGUGUGUGCCUUUUUGUGUACAUUUUUUCUAGACAGUUUGUACACAUUUUAAUGUUAAGGGUUAUAUUUUAGCUGGUAUAUUUUAAAAUGUCAAGUAUGAGUGACCAGAUUAUCCAAAUCAAGAGCAUCAUUAAUGAAGUACAUUUAUUUUUGUUCUAUACUUUUCCAAAAUGUACAGAUGUAAUAGUUUAAAACAAACAAUUGUUCAAAGUUUAGUUCCAAGCAUAGUCCUGUUUUUUUCUAAUCUUAAACUACAGUAAUUCCUGUUGUUUUGUAUGGGGCUACUAUAGCAUGUCAUAUCCAUGAUUAGUUAAUAUAAUUCUUUAGAAAAUUAGUCCAGAGUAGAGGCUGUCUGUUAUUGGAAUCCUGAGCAGGAAAAACUUUUGUACUGAAAAAGUAUAGUUAUCCAAAUAUGUGCGUUUGCAGGUUUACACAAACUACAAAACCUGCCUACUUACCUUGCUUUUUUUUUACCGUGUUUUUUUUUUUUUUUUCUUGUUCUUCUAAAUGAUUUAUUUUUUAAAAUCAAAUGAGUUUUAGAUUGGAAAUCGGCUGUAUCCCCACACUAAAUCUGCAGCUCAUUAUUAUUUUAAAACAAAAUAUUUCAAUUAAGUAAUUUGAUACAGUUACGUAGACUGUUUGUGUUAGUGUCAUAUAUUGAAGUGUUUAUUUUGUGUCUGCAGAAAGAACUAUUACUUUGUUUAAUGAAGGCUAUCUCUUAAAUUUGUAUUUUCCAUCUUUUCUAUCAUAUAUAUUACAUUUGACAGAUUUUUACAAAAGAAUAUUUUGUAAAACAUACAAUGUUAUUAAGAAAAUAUUUUAUAUUGUAAUUUCAUUUGCACUGCUUAAACUUAUAAUGUAGUGACAAAUUAAACAGAUUGACAAUUUCAGGAUUAACUAGAGAAAACGAAAACUGUUACAUAUACAUAGUCAUAGGUGACAAAAUGCACUUCUCAUCAGUUAUCACUUAAAAUCAGUGGUUUAGUUUAGCAAUAGAAAAAGUGUGUUCCUUGUGAGCAGGAUUUGACUUCAAAGUUAUUGCUAUCCGGUAAAAUCCCUAUGUCUUGGUAAUACAGGCUCCUCUGAAUUUUGAUUUACUUUUUAAAUGAUUUCCUGUUAGAGGGAUUCCAGGGACAUGGAAGCUUUCCAUGUUUGGGUAUAAUCGUUUUUGGAAAUAGUGCUACAAUUUUUAUUUGUGACAGGAUGACUUUGAAGGUCUGUCACAUCAUCAAGCUACUCUUAACAAACAGCACAAAUGAAGGACUAUAAUAAUAGAACUGUGGAUACCAUUGAUUGGUAUGUUGCACAAGUAUAUUUUCCAGAUCGCAUUAUUUUAUGUUUUCCUUCAAUGCACAUCCACUAGUCAUCAGCUCCAUUGGAGAAGCAGAACUCAAUACUAAGUAAAAUUUUAUUGUGGGAUGGGUUGAUAAAGCCAAGCACCGUUUCCUGAUGCAGCUGGUUUUAGUGAGUAGUCACAGGGAGAUAUUGAAAUGAAUGCAGUAAAAUAGACUUUCUUGUCUGCAAAGUGACAGUCCGUAUUGUAAAAUUAAUCACUGCCAACCCAAGGAAUGCACCAUAUUUCUAUUAAUGUUAAAAUGUGUCGAAAGCCAAUCCUAGCUUACACAAAAUAUUUCUUGUAAACUUCAAUGCCAGAAUCCUACAACACUCAAGAGUGAUGUGGACAUUGUGUGCAUUGAUCUGACCACCUAACACUAGUGCUCCUUUCAAAAUUAGUUGUUCAUGCAACUGGUGCACUUGUUAUCAAUUCUUGGUCUACCGUAGUAGUAAUGCAAGUAGCUCUAGACUACCUUGUUAAUGGUGACCCUGAUUCCCAGGCCCUCUAGUGGUAAUAUUGAGCAUAACUGUUAUACCUGUAUAGUCAUUUAAUAUCCCAAUUCUCAUGCAAAUUGCACCAUUAUUUUUGUUACAAAUGUUUUACUAUUCAUUUUCAGGUCAACUUGUGAAACAUAUCAAAUCCAAACUUUAGGUUAAAAAAGCUGUACUUUCACCUCAUAUUUGUACACAUUUUGUGUACUUGAUUUAAAUGUUUUUGCUGUACAUGUUAAAAUUAAAGAGAAGGAAAAACA